UCCAUCACAAACCAAACUUAAUUACAAAUUACUUAAAGCAUACAGAACAAUGAAAAACACAUUGCUAGCAUUUUUCUUUCUCUUUACCUUCUUAAGCUCACAACCACUUCUUGGAGCAGCUGAAGCUUCAAAUGAACAAGUGGUUGACACAUUAGGCAAGAAACUCCGAGCUGAUGCUAAUUACUAUAUUAUCCCGGUUCCCAUAUACAAAUGUGGACCUUAUGGUAAAUGUAGAAGCAGUGGUUCAAGUCUUGCCCUAGCAAGUAUUGGAAAAACUUGCCCUCUUGAUGUUGUGGUUGUUGAUAGAUAUCAAGCUUUGCCACUUACUUUUAUCCCUGUUAACCCUAAGAAGGGUGUUAUUCGUGUGUCUACUGAUUUAAACAUCAAAUUCUCAUCUCGUGCUACUUGUCUACACCAUUCCAUGGUGUGGAAGCUUGAUCGUUUUAAUGUAUCUAAGAGACAAUGGUUUAUUACUAUUGGUGGUGUUGCUGGAAAUCCGGGAUGGGAAACCAUUAAUAAUUGGUUCAAGAUUGAGAAGUAUGGUGAUGCUUAUAAGUUGGUGUUUUGCCCUAGUGUGGUGCAGUCUUUCAAGCAUAUGUGUAAGGAUGUUGGAGUAUUUGUUGAUGAAAAUGGAAAUAAGCGUUUGGCUUUAAGCGAUGUUCCCCUUAAAGUUAAAUUUCAACAAGCUUGAUGAAAGCCUCUCUAAUAUAAUGCAUAAAUAGAUAUGAAAACAUGCAUUUCUCUUUCAAUAAUGUUUAUUGGGAUCCUCAAAGUUAGGCUUCCUUAUUACAAACAAAUAAAAUAAAUAAACUUAUUAAUGUUUAUCAUCCUAUAGCACUUGGUUAAUUGUUCAAAAUUGAGCCUAUAAUAUACACGACGUAUGAAAAAUGAACUUGUAAAAUAAAAACAUAUAUUUUAU